AGUCUCCUUUCUAGGGCAUGUGUCACCUGCCUUUUGCCUAGGGGUACUGCCCUGGCACUGCCCUGCCAGUGUGCAUGGCAGCUUGAAGCUGGGGCCUGCUCCUGGAGCCUUAAAAGCAGAUCACGGACCUUGUGAGCCCCAUGUCGCUGGCCUCCCAGAAUCCAGAGCAUGGUAGAUGGGGCGCAGGUCAACCCCAAAGGGUUCAGGAAGAAGGUGCUGGAUAGACACCCCUCUGGAUGUGGGGCUUUUUGCUUCAGGGCCUCCUCUACUUGGAGAACAUCCAGGUCUAGCCUGAGUAUGAAGGAGCUCUUCACCAUUGCCAUUCUGGCCAGCAGCGUUCUGUCCGUGGCCCAGGGCAGCCUGUUCAACCUCAAGUCCAUGGUGGAAGCCCUCACGGGGAGACACGCCAUCUGGACCUUCGUGGGUUAUGGCUGCUACUGCGGACUAGGUGGGCGAGGCCUGCCUAUGGAUGGGGUGGACUGGUGCUGCCAUGCCCACGACUGCUGCUACCAGAAGCUCUUUGACCUGGGCUGCCACCCCUACGUGGACCCUUAUGAACACACCAUUGAGAAUAAUACAAUUGUCUGCAGCGAGCUCAACCAGACAGAGUGUGACAAGCAGGCAUGUGAAUGUGACAAGAGCAUCACUCUGUGCCUCCUGAACCAGUCGUACAACGAGACGUAUCGCAACUACCUCAAUGUCUACUGCCAGGGCCCCGCACCCAACUGCAGCAUCUAUGAGCCACCCCCUGAGGAGGUCACCUGCAGACACAUCUCCCCAGGACCUCCGGUGCCUCCCUAGCACCCUCUUUGGUCUGAGAGAGAAUUGGGGUUUCUGGUUUCCAGAUCAGGUGUUGGGGGGUACAGGUGGGGAGCCCAAAGGCUAUUCUGCUGUCUCCUCAAUGAAGCCUUCAGCAGGCCCAACCCCUGCUCUAGCCCAGAAAGCCUGGGCCCUGGCCCCUGCCCCUCAUGGCCCUCCAGCUCAGCAGCUUGGUGCGGCUGCUUCUGCUGCUGGUCCCAGACCUGGAAAGAAGCAUGUGGCCUCCACUUGAGCAUGAAGGCAGAGGCCUCAGAAAGAGGAGUCCUCCCACACUGCCCCAGCUGGAUGUCCUCAGCCAGGCCCUCAAGGCUGGACCAGGGUGCCCCUGGCACAGGCCCCAAGCUAGGACCAAGACCCCGGGUAGUGCUGGUCCUGAGGCCUGGGAUCUCUGCUUUGGGGCUCUUGUGGCUAGCUGAGGCCCCACUCACACAACAGGUGGCCCCACCUUGGGCUUCAUUGAAGUAGCAUGGGAGGCCAGGCCCAGACACCACAGGAUGGCCACUAAGCUUAGUGUCCCAGUCCCCAAGUCCUGCCUCAGUUCCCCAAAGUGCCCAGAGCAGGGGCUCUGGCAGAAGCCAUGUGCAUAGCAAAACUCCCCUAGGUGCACAGGGACUAAGAUAGGGUUCCUCAGGUGCCCCCAAAAUACACAGAUGUCUCCUGCUACGCACACAUGUGAAGAUACACCUCACUCUGCCCUCAACCCUGCACUGCUUGGAGGGGCAUCCCGACUCCAGGUCCUGACAAACACCAGAGGGGUCAGGCCUAGCCCUUCAGAUCCUCCCCUGCUCCCCCACUUCAGGUAGCAGCCAGGACAGGAGGCCGAAGGGCCCCUCUCUCCCUGGGCUGCAUGCAGGGCACAGCCCUCUGGAGGGGAAGAGGCUGAGGGCUCCGUGAGGGGGAAACAAACUCAGCAACAGGGGGCAGGGGGAGAGUAUGGGGGCGGAGAGGCAAUGGGAGGGAGCAGACAGAGGUGGGAGAAGAUGGGGGUCAGACAUCCAGAUGCCUAGUGGCCGCUCAGCAGGGAAAGCAGAGAAGUGGGUGGGGGACAGAGGAGCCCUGGCAAUGUGGAACCUCCACAGCCCGUUCAUGUUUGGGGCCUGUGGGACUGUGGGAUUGUGGGCAGAGGUGGAGGAGGACUUGGGCCUCAGUGGGGCCAGCUCUUCUUGACCCUGCACCCAGCACUGUCCUUCCUCCAGGUGCACCUGCCCUGGUGCUCCCUUGCCUCAACCUUGAGUUCAGGAUCAGCAGCCUCCAGAUGGCCAGUCCACCCUGCCUCACAUCUGCCAGCUCCUUCACCAGGUGUCAACCCCGAGGACCCUCUGCAAUGGAGAGGAUGCCUAUGCAAAAGGUUUCAGGGAUGAGCAGAAGGCUCACCACAAGGCAGCUUCAGAACUCCAGCCUUCAGGACUGAGGAUAAGGCUGUGCCCAGGGUCAGCUGCCACUGUGUGCGGAAGAGACCGUGGGGUCCUGAGGCCCUGCCGCCUGCUAGCUGUGGUGUGACAGUUGUGGUGGCCUGUGUUCCCUGGCCCCGACCUUUCCACCCUGAGAUAUCCUCAGCUGGCCCACAUCUCUGAGCUGAAGCCCCACCAAGCCAGGAUGGAGCUGGGAGGGGUACCUGGAGGUGGUGACUGCAGAGGCCUUGGCCCCUUACCUGCCCCUCAGCCCUUCCUCCGGAGAGCCUGGUGUCUGGUUGCGCCAUCUCCACAUGUGCAUAUCCCCUACUUCUGAAGGUCAGGGUCAGAGAGCUGGGGUGAAAACCUGCUCCUAAGAAGUCCUGCCCAUCCCCCGUCCCACCCCAGACUCCUCACCCCCUCCU